UUCAUUUUGCUGGCCCCCAUUAGAGUUGGUCACAAUUUUGUAUUUGAGUGAACCAGAUUCGCGCCUACAAUAUAGGAGCCUGCAAGAUUUGUAGCAUCUUAAAGCUCUUCCACAAUAUACUUACUUCUUACCUUGGAUAACCCAUUUUCUUCAUUUCAUGUUAAACAUGCUUACCUCAAAUGAGAAAUUGUCAGGCCUGAAUUUUUGUGUUGGGUGAAACCUCCAGUAAUCUUGUAUCGACCUGAAUCUCGGUGCUUAUUUGUCUUCUCGAUAAAAUACAGAGGUUAUUGGGUGAUAGUAAGUCUUGGAACACCUAAUUUUCUCAGCUCUGUGAGUAUUCUAUCAUGGAUUUCAAUCUCUUCAACAAAACUUUGCAAUGCAGUGCAGAGAUUGAAGCCACAAAAUGGGAGAGCAAAGAGAAGAAUAAACGUCCACGAAAAGACGAUAAGGAAGGUGGAGAGUUAUUUGAUAUGAAGAAAAAGGAUUGUAAACUGCGUCCCCCAGCAGAUGAUAGUGAAGUUGAAGAAUUUUUCGGCUUGGUGGUCAGAAUCCAAGCAAUGAGGAAGCUUUUUAAACAUAAGCAAACAAAUUGCUGUUCUGCAGAAAUAAUACCCACCAUCCAGAAUGUGGGUAGCAAAGUUAUCAACACGAAAGCGCCAUGGAAGCCCUCAUUCGUGUGGGAGGAUUUCUUAAUCUCGUCUGGACAAAAUAGCCCAUCUUCUCAAAGGAACUUACCUUCUUGUACAAAUAGGAACAUAUGCAGUUCUGGGAGAUCCCUUGAACCAGAUAUGGGAUCUGAUAAAUAUAAGCGAGUGGAGAGUUUUGAUCUAAAUAUAGAGGCGAGCCCCGAAAACUAAGCUUAUUUCGUUAAGAUUUUGUGUGGUCAUAUCAAAUUUUUGCUGGUGUUGGUACAUUUUUUUGGGAAGUCUGUAGGCAUUUUUAUCAAAUGAAAACUAAAAUGUUGUGAUCCUGUUUUAGUAGAAAAUGAAUUUGUUAUACAUUUAAUCUUUAUAAAACUGA